AUGGCAACUGCAGAAGGAGGGAGAUUCGAUUUUGACGACGGUGGCAGCUACGUGGGUGAGUGGUGUGAGAACCGAGCCCAUGGCUAUGGCAUCGCGACCGGGCCGGACAACCAGGGGGAGUACUCGGGGGAGUGGAACAUGGGUUUCGAAUCUCGGGGGGUCUAUGUGUGGCCUUCCGGCAAUCUCUACGCCGGCGGAUGGCUUAAGGGCAAGAGACACGGCGAGGGAGUCCAGAUCAAAGGCCGUUGGAUUUACCGCGGUGCCUUCACAUCGGGAUUCUAUGGACGCUACGGAGUCAAGGAAUCUUUGACCACAUGUGCGCGAUACGAAGGCAGUUGGCAUUUGAACCAGUUUGACGGGUUCGGCGUGGAGACGAAUUCAGACGGAAGUAUUUAUGCCGGUGCUUGGUCGAAAGGCAUGCGACAAGGGCUGGGUGUCCGCAAAUCUGCGCCGUGGGGACUCGCAUCGGAACACCACAGCACCGUGCGAGCAGCCCAGUCUCAGAGCAGCCUUCCAUCGACACAGGACUCGGAUAGAGGUGGGUGGCGAGGACCAGGGAGUUCGGGUGGGUCCGCCGGUUCAGCCGACCACCUCCAUGGAGGCCGUUUCGAGACGUUCAGGUCGGGUUUCGUCCUGAAGGCUACGUCACACGCUCCAGGCACUACACCCCCUCCCUCGCGCUCUCAAUCUGCUACCCCCUUCCGCGCCUCCUCCACUGAGAAACGCAACUCCCUCAAACGCUUCCUCCUCCGCAAACUGCGCAAGCCAAAGUCCACCGGUGAUUUGACCAGCGUAGGACCACACACCUUAGGCGGGAUGGGAUCUGCUGGUUCUGGACGGUUCGGAAGCCUCCACGCUCCACGCGCCGGUGGCUCCCUUCGUUCGAAUAUCAGCGGAGUUACUGGAAACUCAGUUUUUGCCGAACAUCACAGUCGCAUUGACACCGUCGGAGAUCUGGUUGGCGACAGCUUGGAUGAGCCCCUGGGACCGAAUGUCACGGAAACCUAUAGUGGUCAGUGGAACGAGGACCGGAGGUCGGGCUACGGUGUGGCUGAGAGGUCUGAUGGACUGCGAUACGAAGGCGAGUGGUUCAACAACAAAAAAGACGGAUACGGAGUCACCUACCACCCUGACGGGAGUCGGGAGGAGGGACGCUACAAGGAGAACCUGCUUGUGCAAACACUAGUGAAACGAACCAAAUUCUACCUUCUCAGACAUUCAAAACUAAAGGAGAAUGUAGCGGAGGCCAUUAGGAAAGCUCGAGAGGCGGCCAAGGAAGCUCAGGAAAAAUCAGCCGAAACAGCACACCAAAGGCACAUUAGAUCAUCUCGUUUAAAUCAUAUCAUAACUCAAACAGCACGCAGUGUUGCCAAAACUGCAGAAUCUCGAGCCGAGGAAGCCAAAAAUAUCUCGGAUCAGGCACGUGCCAUCGCCACCGAAUUCGCCUCGGAUUUCAUUCAGAUGGGUGUCCAAUGGGAGCGUAAUAACCCCUUCGCGCACAUGAUCACUCGCGACGGCACCCCUUCGGCUACGGCUCAGGUCAACGCAAACGGGCGGAAGGUGAAGCCAGCUAACACCAAAAACCUAUUCGUCAACAGCCUCGAAGUGAGCGGUGGCAACCGGCGUGGCAGUUUUCGCUCCAGUUUCAAACGCAGCACCAGUGGCACCCUCAACGAGAGCAACCUGGACGGACCCAAGGCCACUGCUGAGGUCAAACCCCAUCAAGAACAGGUAAGGGCUCUUCCGAACUACUUCAGUUCUCGCUACCGCCGUCAAGUAGCUACGGAGACUAGUGGAGCUGUUCGUGCUGUAGAAUACCUGGUUGAUUGUGUAAUGACGCAACCGGCGCCCACAACAGCGCGGUCACCGCAAUUCGCGACGGUGCAGAGCGUGGAGGAGACGAAUUUUGAGAGCCUCAGCGGCCCAGUGGCAACGGCCCCCCCGAAAACCAAAAAAUCACCAGUUCUGCACACAGCACAGGUUGUGCUUCCCACCGACUCACAGACACACGUGGCUACACUGGAAUUUGUCAACGCUGCCACUACAAACACGUCACCGGAAUCGCGGGUAGCCCACGGUCGACCAAUGGCACGCGCAGCCACAUCUGGCUGCACCGGACCCCCGCCUCUCUCCGCGUUCGAUUUCAUGGCAACGGGUCAGACCCAGGGGGUGGCGGAGGAGCGCAAGAUGGUUCGCCGCAGGACCCUACCCUCGAUCCUCACCACACCACCCUCCCUAGCUGGAACUCCCCAGAACAGCAGCAAAACGGGCACACUGCAGUCGCCGGCGGCUGCCCUAGGUAAUCCCGCUGGCGAGAAGCGCUUCGGAAUGCCUGGACUCUCCUCAGACCUCGAUGAUGUCCAUCAUAGCUCGGAGAACCUCGUCGAGACAUACAUUAUUGAAGACGGGGUGAAGAAGCGGGUACAGCCAACCAGGGCCCCGGAUGUCGGUGGGUUGCUCUCUGCGGCGAAUUCACCUGGCGCCGCUGGAACGCUCAGACGUGGAAAAGGCAUUUCGCCUGAUAGACGCCUGAAGGGAUCGGAGGAGGCACGCCGAAUGCUAGCGGGCGGCACUAGUGGACACCCUCUGAUGGAGACGGACUUCGACACAGGCGAGCUGCCAUGCCUGCCGGACGCCUACAAGAUCGAGUCAGUGGCGAAUCUGCGAGGUGCAGGCCUAGACGCCAGCAUGCCCGACGUCUCUAAGGGCGUCGAAGGCAUGCUGCUGGGCAAAGGCGGCCCUGGGGCCACGCGAUUGGGCAUUGGGGGUCUCCUCACGCGAGACGAGGUCUGUCGUCUGGGCCAGCAACGCCGGCACGAACUUCUCAUUGAUCGUGAACGCAAAAAGCGAGGCGAGAUCAUCAUUCGUUUGGCUGACAUUAAGGAUUGGCUGUGCUCGAACAUCGUUGUAGUGAUGGUGCUGCUUUUCAACGUUUGCCUGGCCUUCCUGUUUAUAAAUUUGGUGAACAACGCAGGCAAAGUCGGUCCAUCGACAGGCCAGGUGUCCGAGCUCUCGCCGGAGGAGAAGCGAGUAGCCGCGAGCGCCGCAGCCGAGGCAGUUCAAAAGGCCCUUCGGGCGGCGAAUGCGGCCUCGCGCACUGCCUCCGGCUCAAGGUCAAAGAGCUAG